AUGGUUACUAUAAAGCCGACUGUCAUUGUCGACCUUUUGUAUCAUCCAUUUACGGCUGCUCAACUUGAUUAUCUUUCAAGAGGACCAUCUUAUAUACGACCAAAUCCAAGUGUAUUUUUUCCAGAAAAAACAUUUAAAAAACGAAUUGACAGAGAGCUUCAAGAUAUAAUGAAAAAACUGAAGAAAUGUAUGUCCGGUGGUGAUCAUCAACCAAAAAUACCACUCAACUCACGCUUAUAUACAUCCUAUUCUGAUCAAGUUCAAUCCUGUUUAAAUCAAGCUUAUAUGACUCCUAUACCAUUAAUCGAUCAAAUACGUGCUCUACGUGAAUUAAAAAUGGUUCAAUCAAUUCGAAAAAAAUUAAAAAAAUUAAAUCUUAUAUUGCGUGAAACAGACAAAAGUGGUGUAUUACAUAUUGGUUCUGCUGCUGAUUAUGAACGAAAAGCAAUUGAAUAUCGACGAACAACAGGUGCUUAUGAAGAAUUAACUUCUAAUCCAUUCAAUGACAUCAUUUGUACUGUGACACGUUUACUUAAUCAUUUAAAGUCAUUCAAGCGAAUAUAUGAAUGCCAACGAAUCAAAAUGAUGCCUAUUCGCGAGAAGACUGAAUUAGCUUAUAUGUAUUUUAUUCCUAAACCACAUAAGAAAGGUACACCACUACGGCCGAUUUUAAAUACAAUUCAUGCAGCAUCAAAACAAAUUUCUCAAUUCUUAGAUAAAUUACUUCGACCAUUAUUUGAUCGAUUUGUACGUCAAACAACGUUUGUAGAUGGUGCUGAUCUUCUUGAACAACUUCAAAAAUAUAUUCAAAAAGGUUAUUUUAAUUCAUCGACUCUUUUUAUUACAUUCGAUAUUACAAAUCUUUAUACAAUGUUACCACAAGAAGAAUCUUUAGCUAUACUUACUGAAUUUCUUCAUACACAUAAUUGUGAAAGAAUUAAUGGUCUUUCAAUUGAUACUAUUAUCGAAUUAGCUCGUAUUGUGCUUCAAGCAAACGCUUUUGUUUAUAAUAACAAAUUUUAUCGACAAAUUAUUGGUGGUGCUAUGGGAUCGGCAUUUACUUUAACAUUAGCAAAUAUCUUCAUGUGGAAAUGGGAAAGACAAACUAUUUUACCAAAAUUAUCUUCACAUGAAUUAUAUGGCCGAUAUAUUGAUGAUGUUUUCUUUACAUCGAACCAAUGUGAAGAAAAGGUGAAAGAAUUAUUAGAAACAGCUAAUAAUUUUCAUCCAAAUAUUAAAUUAGAAUAUAAGAUUGGAAAAAGUGUUCCAUUCCUUGAUGUUCUUAUUCAAAACAACAAUGGUAUUUUCGCAUCAUCGCUCUAUCAUAAACCUUCAGCUGAACCAACUGUGUUAUCAUUUUUAUCAGAUCAUCCACGACAUGUCUUUCGAAAUGUCAUUCAAACUGCUCUCACUCGAGCUGUACGAUAUUCAUCAACAUUUGAAAUAUUUGAUAAUGAACGUCGUGCCAUUCGUUUAAUGUUCUUAUAUAACAGAUAUCCAUCCAAUUAUAUAAACCAAGAAUUUGAAAAAUUCUUUGCUGAUUAUAUAACUUCAACUUCUUCGUCAAUUUUACCAAUGAUUACCGAUGAAAGUCAAUUCCUUGCAUUACGUCAAAAACUCUUAAAUCAACCAACAGCGAAGCAAACACAACUGGUCAUAAGUGCAGCUACCGUACAGCUUACACAACAUACACAAAAUGUUACACAACCAAAUACAAAUACAAUGGAAGCAACUAUUCAACGAAACAAUGAAAAGUUCAAAAAUAACAUCUUUUUACAUGUAAAACAUGAGGGUCGACUGAAAGGUUUAGCUCGUGAAAUACAUAUGAUACAUGAUAGUCACUUCAAAAAUACCAGUCACGGAGACAUAAGAUUAGUUGUUGGUUGUCGAAAUAAUCCAAAUAUUGAAUUUGAACUUUCACGUAAACGACCAUCUUCAUCAGUAUUAAAAGAUCCAUUAGCAAAGAAACGAAAACCAAAUGAAGUAAAUGGUAAUGGCGUGAAUAUCUCGUGA